AUGUAUAUUGUUUUAAUAUUUUAAUUGGCAUUAGCAGAAUUAUUUACAAUAAAAAAAGAGGAGUUAAAAACCUUAUUCGCCUUACCUAUUAAUGGAUAGGAUUUCGAACUUCAAACAAAUAAUGAUGAAUGGAAUGUAUGCCAAUUAUAAGAACAUUAAUUAAAAUUACAAUAUACUUAAUAUGAUGGCAACAAUUAAAGCAACUUAGCUAUUUUAUCACUCUCUUAACAUUCCAUCUUAGUAUUGACUGAUGAUAGAUAGAUCAAUUAUUUUCAAGAUCAAAUCCUAUUUUGGCAAUACAAUAUUCCUUCUAAUAUAGAUAUACAAAAUGUAACAAUGAGAUAUUGUUAAGUAACAUACCUAGUUUAUUUCAUAUCAACUAAAGUAUAUCGAUUCAAUCCUUAUGAUAAAAAUUUAUAAGAAUUCGAAAUGUUCUUAAAUUACUAACCCCAAUAAAUAGAAAUAUGUGAUCAAUUCAUUUUUGUACUUAAUUAAGGUAUAAUUACUAUUUAUAACAACUAUGAUUAAGUUUAUUAAAUUUAAAUAAAGAACUCAGACAACAUUACAUAUUUUACUGUAAUAAAUAAUAUUAAUAAAAAUGGUUAUAACAUGUAUAUUUUGGAUAAGUAAACAGGAUUAUUAAAGAUUGAAUGGAAUCAAACUAAUCACAAUAUAAAUUAACUUGAUUUAAUAUAAAAUGGUGUUACUAUGGGUAUUUCUAAUGAAACCAACAUUUAUGUAGCAUAUAAAAGAUAAUAUAAAUAUAUUAUUGCUUAAUAUUAAAUCAUAGAUUAAUAAUUAUAAAUAGUUAGAAAAUUAUAGAGUAAGAAAAAUAUUUUAAAAAUUAUUGCAUAUAAAGAGUAUACAUUAUUUCUAACAAAUAAUAAAAUUGAUUUACUUUAUGAGAAUAAAAUAUAUAAGAUAUUAAAAUUUGGAAUCAAAGAUAUUUAAUUAAUUGGUAAUAAAAUUAUGGGAAUAAGUAUUUUCGAUAUAUUUUAAUAUCAAUUUGAACCAAUUCCUAAUUAUAUUUAAUGUUUUUAUCAUUUAGAUGAAGAAAUUCCAUAUUAAUUAGAUUAUUCAUUAACAUUUAAUGAAAUAAAUAAAACAAUUCAUAAGAAAAGAAUAGAAUUUUCAGUUGAAUUAUUUAUUCAUAAAUCUAACACUAUGAAAAUAGUCUUAGGUUUCCUUAUUAGUGGAAUAUUAUUAAUGUUAAUCUUAUCAUAUACAUUUUUAACUCUUAAGUAAAAGAAUCUCUUAAUAAAUGAAAUGGAAUCCAAUCUCAAGAAAUUUAAAGUAAAAUAAGUGCCACUCUUUAAAAGUUUAGAAUGUGUAAUAAGUCCAAAAGGAUAACAUUCUAAACUUUAGAGUUUCGAUCAAACAUCAAAUUUUGAUUUAAAUAAAGUGAGAAACUGA